AUGCACUCCUUCUGCAAUAAAUCUAUUCGCUGCCAGAGAUGCUCCGACCACGCUAUUACAAAGGGAUACCACUCCUGGGAUUACAUAUACCCGAAUCAUGGUACUCAAACAGACGAUAAGCCUGUUAUUUACAGGUGGGACUUACUCUACCAAACUACACGGUACGGUACGUGGCGCCGAAGACACACUUCUAUUGGUAUGCGGCAAAUUGUCGGAAGUUUUACCGGACACAAAGCUGAUGCCCAACAGUGA